GCAAAUAUAAAAGCCGUUAAGCAACUGGCAGACGACAUUCAGUCAUACGAAUUCGAAGUUAAAGGUAGUUAGUUAUUAACGGAAAGUACUCAAAUAAUUGUUCGUGUGCAACAAAAACAAAAACGAAUUAAAAACGAAAAGAACAUGAAGUGCGCUCCACUAAUCGCCGCUUUGCUCGCAUUUUGCGCAAUCACAACAACAACCUACGCCGAUGCCGCGCUGGAUAAUGCGGUCGCAGCGUCCACGAAUGGCGAUGAGCAACUGGAGACCGCAGCUAGCAAUCUAAAUCCGCUGGAGGACACACAUAAGCAGGAGAAACGUUAUAUUGGUGGCGCUUGGGAUCCGUACUCGUCGCGUCUCGGACUCGGUUUGGAUGGCACCUCGCUGUAUAAUUCCGGUUAUGGUGGUUACGGCAGUUACGCUGGCGCUACUGGACUUGGUGGAGUCGGCGGUUAUGGUGGCUACGGCGGUUAUGGUGGUUAUGGCGGUUAUGGCAACUAUGCGGGUUACGGCUCAGCUGGCUAUGGUCCUUAUGGCGGUUACGGCAGCCCGUACGCAUACUAUAAUGCACGCUUCGGUGGCGGUUAUCCCUACUCGCGCUUGGGCUAUAACUAUCCAUCCAACUAUUACAGUGGUUACACCAAUAGCGUGGUAGGUGGCGGUUUGGGCGGCUAUGCUGGUGGUGUAGUGCCGCCAGUAGGUGGCGUUGGUGCCGGUGCUGGCUACCAGUAUGGACCAGGUAUUUCAGGCACAGUCUAUUGAAGCGCUACUGAAACGGACCCUUGAGCGAAUGCGGUAGUUGUGCGUAAACUCAGACAAGGCUGGUUAUGGUAUACUGCCUAGAAAUUCGUUUUUAUUUUUGUAAUGCAUUUUGAUUAAAUAGAAUA